UGGACCUCCAACAACCCAUCGGCCGACCAGCCAGAGGGCAUGUGAUGGUCAGGUGUGGUGCCUCACCGAGUGAGCAAGGCAACGCGGCAGAGCAGAAUGACUCGCUGUCCUCAUCUGCUGUAGAGCGGUCGACUGCUCCAAAUGCCGGAGGGCAAGAUCGACUGGCGCCUUACCACGACCGAAGCGCGAGAUCUCGCGGGACCAGGUGCCGCGGGGCGGAGACAGGCUGAUGACGAAGGCGGACGCUUUACCACCCAGCGGAGGGAUGUUUUUUCAGGGCCGCCAUCUUGGUACAGGGACAGCAGCCAACAGAUAACUGACACAACUGGAGAAAGAUGCCUGACUCCUGUGCUGCUGUUGGAUGCUCCAGUGAGCGAAACGCCGAAACCAAAUCCCGUGGAAUCACUUUUCACAGACAUGACUCUGAGGACACAAUGGGAGCGGGCAGUGAAACGGAGCGGCUUUGUGGCCUCUGCUGUGCUCUGCAGUGAGCACUUCAAAGCAGAUGACUUUGACAGGACGGGGCAGACCGUCAGGCUUAGACAUGGAGUCACACCUUCUGUCUUCUCGUUCGCAUCUCAUUUACAAAAGCAGGUACAACCAAGGACCACACGAAAUUCGAGGAAAAUUGAAGAGAGCCCAGCAGUGGACCAGCCUAAAGCUAUACGUGAAGCUAAACCUCAAUCCAAUGUUAUGCCCAUUCCCGAGGCGGCAACCGUGGGAUUGAUGGAUAAGAUAAAGAAUGACCACAGCUAUGCUUUACCUGCUUCUCCUGUUGCUCUAAAGGCCAAACUUAAUGCAGCUCUUGCUAGAGUGGAGAGUCUCGAGCACGCGAGGAGGAACUGCAUGAUCCGGGAACGGAGGGCAAAGAAAAACCUGGAUGCUCUCCUUGAGGAGCUGAGGGAGACGAGCCUCAUCAAUGCAGAGUUGAGACAGAGGCUUGAAGGCGACUCAGGUCCCUGUUUGUCUUUGUCGCCUGAAUUGUCACCUUGAUGCUGAUGACUCCUGGGAUGCUUCAAGGCCUGUGGGGCCUGGACAACAACAACCCAUCUGCCGACCAGCCAGAGGCCAUGUGAUGGUCAGGUGUGGUCCCUCACCAAGUGAGCAAGGCUGUAGAGCUGUCCACUGCUGCAAAUGCUGGGGAGCUUUCGUGGUCGUGCUUCCGUCAGGAUUUGUGUUCAGCAGGUUCUGAGAAGGCUCUUGUGCCAUUUGUUUGUAUCAGCCUGGUAAAGGGUCUACCUCAUGUGAUGAGAAAAUAAUUGUAUUUUCUGGAAAAUAAUGGCAGCCUGAUGAUUCCAUCAGAUGCCAAUGUGAAGGUCCCAAUGUGGGAAAGCACACAAGGUGUCAGUGGCGACACGUGUCCAGAAAGAGGACGGUGCAGAGGCUGCGUUAUUGCUCAGGGAACAAGGUUUUGUCAAGUUGGACUGCACCACAUUGCAGUAAUUGUUAUAGAGGGAUGGAUGGCAACCCUGUAUGUUACUGAGGGAUUCAGGAUGUUCUGCGGGUUAUCUUUGAUGUUAUAGGAUACACAAUGUUUUGAGCAUCAGAAAUGUUUCCAUCUCAUCUCAAUGAUUCCUGUUUUACCACCUUGUAGGACAGGAAAAAUGAUGUCAUUCUUGCAACAAGUGCAGAUCCACACAAUUCAAGCUCACAUUUUAAGGUGCAAUUUUAUUCAUUGACAUAACUUGUAACAACGUGGUGUUGCAGUUGCUCUUUACAUUUUAAGUAUUUCCUGCUGCAAUUCAAAUAUAUAUAGAUAUUUUUUUUUAAGUUAAACUGGCAUUUUGACAGCUGAGAGGUAUUUAUGAAACAAAGCCACUGUGGUGUCCGACAGUCUCAGGCAGUCAGUGUACGGAGGUUGGACAUGACAUUGGUCAAGAGAUUUGGGUUCUUUACAUGAAUGUAGUAAACUCCAGCUCCUCCCAGCAUGGUGGUCAGACUGAGCUUGAUCAGGCGACCUGUCAGAGAUGGCUUUUCUUCUUCCACCUGUGAGAGGAAAUACAUUAAAUAAGUAAAAUGUUUCUCCGCCCAUGGUGCCACCAUGUAGACUGAGGCUCUUCAUCACGGAUACUUGACACGAGUGGCAUCGAUGCAUCAUGUGUAAUAGGUUCUUGAAACUUCUGAAUAAAGAAAAGAAUAACUACAAUAAUAACUAUUAAGUUAAGGUUAGUUUUCGAACAGUGGUGAGGCUUUCGUCAUUGCUUUUGUGCGAUUGAGGGACAUUUCUAAACCAAGAACUUCUCGCCAUACUAACAGAGGCUUGCUUUAAAAUAAGGACAAUCCUUCAAAAUAAGAUAAAUUCAACUGAAGUGGCCUUUUUGCACCUGAUGAACCACAAACUUUCUCCUAUUUAACUUAAUUUAAGGAGAUGAAUGAGAAACAAGGAUAUAGAUGUGAGACCUUUCUUGUCUUCAGUGCCUGGUACAUGCGGUCAAACUGGGUGAAGAUGGCUCUGCGGGCGCCGUCCCAUUUCCCAGGUCCCAUCAAGCGGUACUGGUAUGCUGUUACGGGUCCCCACAGAACUCUCUUGAACAGCUGGUAGUCGGUGAAGAAGAGCCAGGGCAGGCUGGGACGCGCACCGAUCUCUCCAGCAAGCUCAUCCAUGUAGGAAACAAAGUCCACUUGCAGAGGGGUCAGCUUUGACACGAUAUAGCUGUGGAGGAAACAUCAUCAGUUUAAAUAUGGUUUUGUACAUUUUUAGUAGCAAUGAUGAACGUUGAGGAGCGAUAAAGUUUGGAGCAAAUUACUGAUUCUCGAUGUCUUUGGUGUCGUGUUCCACAGCCUUGAUCAUGGCGCUGUUUGAGGGCAACUUCUUCAGACCUGAAGAUGAAAAAAAAAUAAAGGAGAUUAUUUCAAAGACAACUGUUGGACAAAUUAAUAAAAGCCGGUUUUCCAUGUUAAACUCAUUUUUGCGUUUUUCAGUUGUGCUUUACCCUCACGAGGUUAUGAACUCUUUCCCUCCUCAACUAUUCUAUUACCAACAUCAACACCAUAUCUGGUCCAAGAAACAAAAAAAUCUAUUGAACUAGGAACGCAUUGAGAGAACACAACUCCAAUGAGGAAUUUCUCACUUCGCAUCAGCCUGACUACCUGAUCACCACUGACGUUGGUGGAACAUCAUUGUUGCCAAGCUCCAGUGAUCUUGUCCAGCAAUAUUGAAUGAAUAACAACACAUUUUGGCACCAUAGUCACAUGGAAGUUUAUUUAUUGUAGUUUGAUGGAAUGCUGUGUUUUAGGUUGUUCAUUCCAGAUUCUGAUCUUUGAGCUUUUUUGAACAUUACCUGAAAUUUGAAUUGAAAUUCUUGGAAUUAUUUUGGUCGACAGAUGGAGAGAUAAACAAUGUUGGUCACACUGCCAUCAUUGGUGGCUAUGUCAUCACCAUUAGAUAAUGGCAGUCGAGGUGUUCAGUACAUAAAGAGAUUAUUUUUCUGACAAAACACGUGUUCUUUGUGGGCCCAAAGUUGUUAUGGAGCAAAUGGCUGAUUCUCACCUUUGAAGACCAGUGACACCCAGCGGGCUUGCAUUUCUGCCUGAGGCAUGAUGGCGCCGAGGGCAUGGAUGAAUCCAACCACGGCCAGAGUGGGAUGCUCCAUGUUUGGGGGGAACACGUGCUUGUACAGACCCACUCGGUGGCCAGUCUUGUACAUGGCGUCUUUCGGCAGGUAGGGGAAGUCAUAGUUGUAGCCCGUGGGAAAAACCAAAGUGUCCACCUGCAACCAGGGCAUGUUGCUAACAUCUGCCUUCAAGUGAAGUCACACAACUUUCUACUGACCUUUUCCACGAUGGUGCCAUCGUCAAACACCACAGUGGAGCCUCGGAUCUCUUUCACAUUGGGUUUGACAACGACAGACCCGGACAGGAUCUUCAUUGGCAGGUCGUCGUUGAUCACAGGGAUCUGACUGAAGAGCCUGUGAGUAUGGAGUUAAGUCAGGAUAGCUUAAAACUGCAUGGUUCUGAGAAAACAUGAUGUCAUUCUGGUCGAUUCUGAGCAAUCGAUAGUCAGGCCUCUCACCUGUGCUUUGGUUUGAGAGCAUACAUGGUGUGGUCGUACAUGGCAUUCAGUUUAUUUUCUCCAAACCAGUUGAAGAACACCAUUGGAAACAGCUGGAACAAGAUGUGUACAAAUCGGGUGUUGUACUUCAUGUCCACUGGCAGGCCGUUGUCAGAGACCUGGCGGAUGACCCAGGCUCCACGCCGGGUGCUCAGGUACACCUGCAGAUAUAGUAAUAAUGCAUAUUUUUCCUCCCAGAAGGAAUAACAAAACAUAAUACCACGUGAACUAAAGAAGAACCAAGCUUUGAAUUAACCUGAUCUGCAACCCUGCUGGUUUCCACAGCAAUGUCACCCCCUGAGUUUCCAAUGCCGAUGACCACCACACGUUUCCCAUGCAUGUCCUCAGGUCCCUUGUAGUCCCAACUGUGGAGGUAUUUACCUUCAAAUGUCUCGAUUCCUGGAAACAGCAGUUGAACAUUUGUUCAAAUAUCCUGCUUUCUGUUACCAUGCUGUGCCUAGUGUCCACUUUUAUUCAUUCAUUUUUCAACAUGAUCUCUCAGCAUCAAUACUCUUGUCUCUCUAAUACUAUUUACCCCUUUCUUGACCUAAAAUACCUUAGUUUUUAUCGCCUACGAUGCACCUUUAAGUUAGCUUACACUCAUUUCCUCUUGAGAAACAUUGUCUUUUGCAAGGUCUGCAUCCAGUCCCUGAGCCUGAGAGGAGUGUGGUAGACGUGAUGGCUGUCCUGUGUCAGUGAACUGAGCCUCUCUCAAGUGGCAGUCGCUAUCAGUUGUUUGUAGAUUUUCAUAGGGUAGAAAACAGUGACUAUGGUGUAAAAUGUUCUUCUGUUGAUACCUGGGAAGUCCUUGAGUGGCAGGUUUGGAUAGGUGUAGUGACCGGAGCAGCAGAUGACUGCAUCAAAAACAUGCCUUUCCUCUUGUCCAUCUCUGUUCUCGGUCACAAUUUCCCACUGUCCAGUGCGAGUAAAAUCUGGCCUUUGCACGACUCGCUUCACAGAUGUCUUAAAAAAGAAAAAAAAAAAAGAUCAUCAAUAUAUUCCUCCUCAGAAGCGUCACAAGUCACUUUUAUUUAUUUUCACCUGGAAUCGAAUGUGCUCCAGCAGUUUGAAGUGUUCAGCGUACAUCCUGAAGUACGUUAGGAUUUUUGAGUGGUGCAUGUAGUUUGGAUAAUCAGCAGGGAUCGGGAAGUCACUGUAGCACAUCAUCUCUUUGGAGAUGUUGAUGGUGAGGGAGCGGUAGAUGCUGGCUCUGUUGGGCUCGGAGACCUCCUACAGGGCAUCAUAAGAAUCGACACACAGAAGUUUAGUUUGGCACAAACUUGAUAGAUAUAUUAACUGGUGCGUCAAAAGGCUGCAGUCCAAUAUAGGUAGGGGGCGCUACAUGCCUUGAACUUCCACAGCCCACCCAUGUCAUCACUGCUUUCGAAGCAGGUUGGCACCAUGCCCUCAUCCAGACAGGCCUUCAUGCUGGUCAGACCAGAUGGUCCGGCCCCGAUCACUGCCACCCUCUGAACCAUGUUGGAGAUGUUGCUGAAAAAAGUGUCAUAAAGUAAUCAAAAGUUAGAAUGUUUCAUGGCCUGCUGUUUCAUUCUUCACAUGGCCAUUGAGCAACCCCAAGCUACUUGAGACUGCACCAUGAGGUCAGUUUUAAAAUGAAAAUGUAAUUUUUUAAAAUUAAAUUUAAAUUGAAAGAUGAAAAUGAUCUCACUUCAUAUCAUUUCCUGCUCAACACCCUUUCAGCUGCACUUCUUUUGGCUUUUUUCAAAUUACCAUUUCAUUUCUAGUAUUCACACAAUACGCAUUUUUUUCUUCUUCUCCUUUUUUAAAUUUUAACAUCACAGCCAUUCCCAUCACUACGGGAUUUGGGAUAAACAUUUUUGAGCAGUCAUAUCAUAUUGAAAAACAAAAACCCAAGAAAAAAUGAAUGAAUUUAUUUGCGGCUGUGUUUGUUGCUUGAUGCCCAUAAAAUGGUCACUAUCUUAUUGCAUGAAUAAAAUUGAAGAUUGUCUGAUCUGUCUACUGUCAUUUUAGUCUCCAUAGGUAGAAGGUAGGACUUACCUUGACCCUUGCGUGUGGAAUGCGAGCGCCUGCUUGGUGGCAUAAGCGAAUGUCGAGCU